AUUUUUGCCCCUUAAUUUGCACGACGACGAAUGGAUUUUGAACGAGAAAUAUCAGUAAUUGAAUAAAAUUCUCCGUGAAUCAGAGCUGAAACAAUUUGAUAGAAAACAAAAAUUGUCAGAACGCGACCGACUGUCGUGGAGGUUACAUCGCCGGUGGUGUUUGCGUAUUUCUUUUCGUAAUGUUGGAAGGUGUUAAACAUGUUUUAUUAGUGCUUUCCGGUAAAGGUGGUGUUGGAAAAUCAACGAUCAGCACGCAAUUGGCACUUGCGCUCAAGGAAUCGGGUUUUCGAGUUGGUCUGUUAGAUGUUGAUCUUUGCGGACCUAGUGUGCCUUAUCUGUUAAAUUUGGAGGAUAGAGAUGUUCAUCAAUCUUCUGAUGGAUGGAUACCAGUGUUUGCAGAUAAGGAGCAAAAACUAGCCGUCAUGUCAAUAGGAUUUUUAUUAAAAAACAAAGAUAAUAGUAUCGUUUGGAGAGGCCCAAAGAAAACUGGAAUGGUUAAACAAUUUUUAACUGAUGUAGUUUGGCAAAACAUUGAUUAUUUAAUUAUUGACACACCACCAGGAACUUCAGAUGAACAUAUCACAGUGAUGGAAAACUUGAGAAAUGUGAAGUGCGACGGUGCACUCAUAGUAACUACUCCACAAGCAGUUGCAGUUGAUGAUGUUUUACGAGAAGUAACGUUUUGUAAGAAAACUGGAAUUCAUAUAUUUGGCAUCAUUGAAAAUAUGAGUGGCUUUGUUUGUCCAUCAUGUUCAGAAUGUACAAAUAUAUUUUCCGCGGGUGGAGGAAUAGCUCUUUCGAAAAUGGUAAAUGUUCCAUUUUUAGCAAAAGUGCCUAUAGAUCCACAAGUUGGAAAAUUAGCAGAAACUGGUCAAAGUGUUUUGGUAACAUUACCUGAUAGUCAGGUAGCGCAGGUAUUUCGGAAACUAGUCGAAGAACUUACACAGAGCAAGGAAGCAUGAAAAAUUUGAUCUCGUUCCGGUGUUCCCAAUAAAAUAUAGUACUUGCUCGUGAUGGCAAAAUUAAGUUUAAUCUUCAGCACAUAGCAUUUUUUUUUUUUAAUUAUUUUGUAAUAAAUAGACUACGGAUUUUUAUGCAUUUAUAGGAAAGUGCAGACAUGCAUAAAAUAUGCAUAUGAACAAAAAUAUACAAAUUAUAGUACUUUCUACAAUAUUUACAAAAUCUAUUUUCAAUCGUGUUUUUAAAAAUAUGAAUUUACAUAAAGAUCCGCAGUCUAGUAAUAAGACUAAAUAAGAUAAAUUAAUUUGAGAAAGAACAUUUAAGUUUUGAUGAAAAAUAUAAUUUCAUGACAUUAUAAUAGUUAUACAACAAUGUAAAAUAUUCGCAUUGUAACAAAUAAUAUAUAGGAUCGCAAGGAAUUCACUUAAUUACAUUUUAUACAAAAGAGGUAGACAUAAAUACAAAGAUUUUUAUAUGAUAUAUAGGUUUCUUGCACAUUGCGACAAAUAUUGAUACAUGUGUAUACAUGUAAUCCUGUAUUAUUGAUGGGAACAAGUAAACAUAUUUUAAAGCUUUUGUACAAAAAUGUGAAUAGAUUAAUGUACUAUUGUAUAAUGUAUAUACAUACAUCGAAAUCUAUAAAUUUGUGCAUCGUUCUAUUACAACUCUUUUUUUUUUAAACUCAAUGUUAUUCAAUUAUCUACAAUCUUCAAUUGUAGUACACAUGUUUGAAAAUAAAAAAAUAUAUUUUCCUUCUA